CUAGCCGCAUAAAUCGCCCAAACAAACUUCCAUUUUCACAGGUCUUCCACUUCUACACUUCUGGAUGAGGUACCGGAAACCUGGACAAGAAAGGUCCAAGGGUUGAUUGAAUCAGCCCUAGAAUCUCAGCAUGCCUCUUUUAGGCAAGAGAUAGAACAAAUGGAAGCUAGGCACAACAAGUUGAUGGAGAAAUCCGAAGAAAAACAUUGCUCAGAUCUCAAGGAGAUAAGCAAGUCUAUGGACAAAACUCUAGAGAUCAUAUCUCUAUCAUUGAGUAAGUCCGUGGGUAAUACAAUGGAAGCUUAUGCAUCAGACUGUCAUCUUCAUUUCAAUGAAGUAUCUAGAAUCAAAGAGCAAAUAGAAACUGUUACAAAGGAAGCGUUCAAGCUGUUCAGGCAUUUUGGGACAUUCACUGGCAAAUGCAAACUUGAUGUAAUUGUCCAACACAACAGUCCAUCUCUAAUUCCAGAGCUGCCAAUUGAAGUCAAGAAAGGAGAGCUCACUUACAUUCCUUCUCAUCUGAAUAUGACGAAUUUGAUCCUGGAAGCUCAGCAGAGCAAUCCGGAGAACUCAACACAGCAUCUAACAAACUCUGGCCUUGAUGGAACAGAAGUUGUUGGAACCAUUACCUCCCACUUCUCAAAUGAUGAACAAACAAAGGAGAGAUACAACAACCUCAGGCGCAUCAAAGAACAGUGUGGAAUUAUGCAAGGCAUUGGUGAGACUACCGGAUCAUCCAAGCGCAAGAAGCAGUGAAGGCUCUUUUCAUCAAACCAGGGGGAAGUAUGUGAAAACAUUAUUUUGUUUUGAUGAAAACACCUUCUUGUUUAAACAUUGUUUGUUUUGGUUUAAACAUUGUCUUAUCAUGCUUAUUAUGCUUGAUCAUAUUCAUUUUAAGUAUGAUUUUUGAGAUUUACCUUUAACAUUCAUACAUUCAGGGAGAAUGAAAUUCAGGGGAAACU